CAUACAUUGACCAUGAUAAAUUAGAUAUGAUCGCAGAUGACACAGAAGUAGUUGAAAGAAAUAUUCUUAUAAAAUUUGGCCUUUUUGGAGAAGCCCUUUUAGAAAAAAUUGCAAAGAAACAAAAAAUUUUAAAUGAUGAUUUUCGAUUGUCUCACAUGAUUGAUCUUCUAGUGCACCUCCACAUUAUUGCUGAAGUAAGAGUUAAUCACCUCAACAUCAUCACUGAAGAUGUAGACUUUGAAAAAGAAAAGGUUCAUGUUGUCACCGAUGUCAAAAGUAACAAAGAAAAAAUUAAAUAUUUUUUUCCGUGUGCAUUACCAUCUUACGACAAGCUCAAUCCUGCCCUAACAGAAAUACAACCACUUCUCAUAGCAUGGGAGAUUAAGUACAGUGGGACAACAACUCUAGCCAUCCCUCAAGGAUUAUUUCCUUUAACCAUUGUACACCUUUUAGAGAGAAAAAAGGAAGAAGUUGACUUCAGUCCUGAUCGAGAUUCUCACAAAUUCUACAGAUAUCAUGAUGCCAUGUCACUUCGUGUUUACGAAAGAUACUUCAUUGAUAUCAUCAAUCGCUAUACACAUCUUGAAAUACAUUUUCGUGGCUAUAAGAAAUCUUAUUCACAGAUAGUUGCAGAAGUUCGUGAAUUAUUGAGAAAAGUUAUGGAAAAAAGUAGUAAAAAUCUUAAAGUUGAGGAAGAUACUAAGUUUAUCUUUGCUUUCAAAUGCCCCGAAAAAGGAACCUACUGCAUUGUCCGAGAAAAAGACAAAUCUAAAGGCAAAGCUUCUACAUGGUGUACUGAAUGUGUCUCACAAUGCAACGUACUAGAUUUAGAAAAUGAUGAUAGCUACAGAUGUUGGUUUAGUGAUCAAUUGUCCAGUCCAGGAAAUAAGUUUGCAUCAUUAGAAGGCCAAGACCCACCUACGAAGAAAUGUGGAGUGCAACACACUGAAUUAGAUACCAGUAAUCUUAUUCAUAUACUUGAUAUACUAAAGAAGCAUGGAUAUUCUGGUGUUGAUUAUUAUUACCUUGGUCUUCGUUUGGGACUGCUCCCUCGUACACUUGAUGUUAUUGAGGAAGAAAGCAAAGGAAAUGUUCGUAAUGGACUAAGAGAAUGUUUGAAGGCAUGGUUGGAACAAAAAGACAAUGUAAAGAGUGUUGGUGGUCCAACUUAUGAUACAUUAAUACAAGCAUUGAGGGAUGAGGAAGAGAAUGCUGUAGCUGAUGGGAUUGAAAAAGAUAUCAAUACAAAGAAAUGAGAUAGUUUCACUAGAAGUAACUCUCUAGGAUUCAUAUGCACAGCACACAUUAUUAUACAAAUAGUUUUCUUGCAAAAAUAAUGUUUUCAUUUUUUAAUUUUUUUUAUUCAUGUGAAAGCACGUGGUUUAAUUAUACGGAGUAUAAACGGAAAAUAUACAGAAGUGGGAAGAGGAGUCUUUUCUUCUUAAAGAAUGAGUUCCAUAUAUAUAACAGAGCCCCCUACUAAAGGAAAGGUAGUUAAUCCAGCAGCAGCUGUAUUAGUGACUACUGGCCCCUCCCCUCAGGUACUAUUAAAGACCACACUGGGUGAUAUUGAUAUUGAACUGUGGUCCAAAGAGGCUCCUCUGGCCUGUCGUAACUUCAUACAAUUGUGUUUAGAAGAUUAUUAUAAUGAUACCAUAUUCCACAGAGUCGUUUUUGGUAAUGGA